AACCGCUCCCCGCAAAAUGCUCCAUAAACCCAAACCCUCCGAUUCCCCACACACAUUUUGAAAUCUCACCUACAGGAAGAAAGAAAAAACAAAGAGAUCCGUUCCGUUCCGAUUCCCCCCCUCUUCCAUGGCCGCUCCGCCGCCGGUGCUCACCGUGGCGGUGGAGAAGGGGCCACGCCGGGGAGAGACGCGGCAGUGCCGCGCGGGCGCCGCGCUCCGCGUCGGCCGGGUCGUCAAGGGCAACGAUCUCGCCGUGCGCGACGGCGGCGCGUCGCAGCACCACCUCGUCAUCGAGUUCCUCCCGCCGCCCGGCGCCGCCGGGUGGGCCGUCUCGGAUCUCGGGACCUCCAACGGCACGCUCCUCAACGGCGCGCCCCUCGUUCCCUCCGUCCCCGCCCCGCUCUCCCACGGGGACACGAUCAAGGUCGGGGAUUCCACCGUGCUCGCCGUCUCCAUCGCGCCCGAUUCGGAUCCGAACCCUGUCGCCAACCCCACCUCGCGCCACGCGGCGGCGGCGGUGGACGAGAAGCCCCCUGCGGCGACCCGCCGCGGGAGACGGAAUAUUAAAGCGGCGACAGCGGCCGAGGCUCCCGAAGCGGAGAAGGAAGAGCCAGAUGCAGCGGCAGUGGUGGUGGACGAGAAGCCCCCUGCGGUGACCCGCCGUGGCGCACGGAGUAGAGCGCCUCCGGUGGCUGAGCCCCUCGAAGUGGAGAAGGAAGAGCCGGACGCUGCGGCAGUGGUGGUGGAGGAGAAGCCCCCUGCGGUGUCCCGCCGUGGCACACGCAGCAAAGGGCCUCCGGUGGGUGAGCCCCUCGAAGUGGAGAAGGAAGAGCCGGACGCAGGGGCAGUGGUGGUGGAGGAGAAGCCCCAGGUGGCCAGGCGCCAGGGCGGGCGGAAGAAGAUGGCUCCGGGGCAGAUGGGUGAGACUGCAGAGGCACCACGCCAGUGUGAGCAGAAGGAGGCCCCGAAGCCCUCUGAACCAGAGAAGGACGAUGAGGAGAAGGAGGAGGUCAUGGUACCGACGCGCCGCGGCAGUCGGAGGAGCGUCACAGAGCCCCCUAAACCGAAGGAAGAGGAGAAUGCCCCUGCAGUGACACGCCGCGGAGGGAGGAAGAAGAAUGUGGCGACCGUUGCCCCUCCGCCAUUGCCUCCAAAACCGAAAUCUGUCAGGGGGCGGGGUACAAGGGCUACUGCAAGCACCACCGUUCUUCAGGAGGAGCAGGGAGGAAACGAGUUGGCUGCGUCAAGAGCGGAGACAGUGAACCUGCUGUCUCCGACUGCGGUGAAGGGUGGUGAGGAGCAGAAGGGUUUUAAGGUGGCAGCUGGGGAUGGAGGGGUAGAACUACAAGAUACUGCAAAGGCAUUAAAGGAUGAAGAAAUACCAAAAGGGAGGGACAAUGCUCAUCAUGCUGCUUCUGACAAUGAUGCCAAUGCGGCCGCAGCAGAGCCCACUGGAGAGAUGGAGGAGGCUGCAGAGGUAAACUGCCACAGGAGGCGGAUGAAGGUUGUGGAACAUUAUGAACCUGAGAAGGACGGGGAGGAGACCACCGUGGUGACACGCCGUGGCGGGCGGAAAGUGUUUAUGGAGCAGUCAGAACCAGGGAAAGAUGAUGAUACCACUUUGGUGACACGCCGCGGCCACGGCAGGCAGAAAAAGCUCGCCGAGCAGCCUGAAACAACGAAGGACGUGGAGCAGACCACGGUGGCGACGCGCCGUGGCGGGCGAAAAAAGGCCGCUGAUCAGCUUGAACCAGAAAAGGGCAUGGAAGAGACCACUAUUUUGACGCGCCGUGGAGGGCAGAAAAAGGUAGCGGAGCAGCCUGAACUAGUCAAGGAAGAUACUGAGAAGGAGGAGGGUGCCCCUGUAUUGGCACGUCGUGGCGGGAGGAAGAAGAAUGCAUUGUUGGUUGCCCCUCCGUUGCCUGAACUAGUGAAGGAAAAUGACGAGAAGGAGGAGAGUGCCCCGGCGUUGACCCGCCGUGGCGGGAGGAAGAAGAAUGCAUUGUUGGUCGCCCCUCCAUCACUUCCCCUGAAUACGAGCUCCACAAGAGGCCAGGGAAGGGUUACAAGGGCUAGUAUGACUGUGAAGGCAUUAGAGGAGGAACUGCCAGAAGGGAGGGCCAGGGCUAAGCUUUCUGCUUCGAACACUGUGGCUCAUGCGGCUGCAGUGCAGCUCACUGUAGAGAUGGAGGAAACUUCAGAGGCGCCUCGCCGAGGCAGGCAGAAGAAAGCCAUAGACCCCCCUGAGCCAGAGAAGGAAGAUGAGGAGAAGGAGGAUGCUAUCAGGGUGACGCGCCGCAGGGGGCAGAAGAAGGAUGCAGUGGUGGCAUGCCAUGCCGGGAGGAAGAAAGAUUCCACGGUGAUCGCUCCUCCGCCCCUGCCUCCAAAGACAGCAUCCGGAAGGGGCCGCAGAAGGGUUACAAGGACUAGUGCGAGGAACAAUGUUCUUGAGAAGGACGCCAAGGGGGAACAAGAGGAAGAUGAGGUGAAUGUGCCAAUAGAGCAAGCCGGGAAUCUGCAGAUUGCGAUGGCAGUGAAUGAUGGUGAGGAUAGAGAAGUAAAAGGUGCUGCGAGAGCAUCGGAGGACGACUCACCAGAGGGGAGGGACAGUGUGAAGCAUGCUUCUUCUGAAAACAGGGGCCAGGAGGAUCAGGGUGGUGUGCACUGUUCUUCCAGAGUUCAUUCAGGAUCUAGUGGAAUCCCCAAUACUACAAGCAAAUAUAGAGAGGAUAGAAAGCUGAAAGCAUACUCAACUCCCUUCGAUGUCAGGGUGGAUAGAGCUCUGAAGAAAUAUUCUACAUGAGUUGCCGCUUGCUAAUGAUUAAGAUUAAAUGUACUGAGUAUGAUGUGUCGAUAGGCUCUUUCUUCUUUAUGUAGGAAGAAAUGCCCCAUAGAGUUAUAGUCUAGAUCCAACUGAAUUUUGUGUACAUUGAAGUGGAGAUGCAUGUUCCCUGCCUAUGGCAGAUAUAAAAUUGCCCAAAAUUACUUGUUUGA